GUCCCGUUGCUUCAGAUGAGUCCUGUCCUGCCGGUGCAGUUGGAGUUGGGGAUCUGUUCGCUGCGGGAUGGCUACGGCGGAUCGUAGGGCCUUUGCACAGAAAAUCAACAGGACAGUGGCUGCAGAGGUUCGAAAGCAAGUGGCCCGGGAGUAUGGGGGCUCUCCGCAGCUUUCCAAGAAGCGAGGGGGUCAGGCGUCGGUGCCCUUGUCUGAUGUAGUAGAACCCCUGGAUUUUGAGGAGUACCUCUCCAGUCACCCCCCAGAUGCUGAGUGCGAGGCCAUCAGAGAUCUCUAUGAUGUUCCUCCUGAUGAUAUUGAGAUUCUAUAUGAGCCCAGAGAAUGUCGCACUAUAGAGCCGGCUGCACCAGAGGAGGGGAAGUUGGAUGCGCGAGUGCGGGAAGCACUGAAGGUUUACAUGCAUGACUGGGUGCUGGUACAGAGAAGAUCCCAGGAGCUGAGCACGGCCUACUCACCCAUCACGUUGGAACGCCAGAGGCAGCUCCAGAGGGGCUUGAGCCGACACCUGUAUGAAGUGGAUGAGGCUGAGGAAGAGAGGGCUGCUCAGGAGGAGCAGGAGGACAAGAAGCGUGCGUCAGUCUCUAUGGACGAUACCCCCCGUGGGAGCUGGGCCUCAAGCAUCUUCGACUUGAAGAAUUCCUCCCCGGACCCCCUGCUUCCCGGUCUUCUGGAAAGGGCACCCUCUGAAGAGACGGAUCAGAUUAACCAGGAGCAACGCAGAGAAGGCAGGCACCCCCAAAUCCUGGCCCUUUACUCAGCUCCUGAUGAGGAUGAAGCCGUGGAACGUUCCAGCAUUCCGGAGGUGCCAAAAGAACACUUUGGGUUCCGGUUGCUCGUGAAGUUCCUCUCACUGAAGUUUGAGAUAGAAAUCGAGCCCAUAUUUGGGGUUAUGGCUCUUUAUGAUGCUAAAGAAAAGAGAAAGAUAUCGGAGGGCUUCCACUUUGACCUGAACUCAGACUCCGUGAAGAAUAUGCUGAGGUCACAGGGUGGGCACCAGGCACCUUCUACCCUUGCACGUUCUGCCAUUUUCUCCAUCACGUACCCCUCUCCAGACAUAUACCUUAUCAUAAAGCUGGAGAAGGUGCUGCAGCAAGGGGAUAUAGGAGAGUGCUGUGAGCCGUAUAUGGUGCUGAAGGAGAGCGAUGGGAUGAAGAACAAGGAGAAGGUGGACAAGCUGCGAGGCCAAGCGGACCAGUUCUGCUCACGACUGGGCCGGUACCGCAUGCCCUUUGCUUGGACGGCCAUACACCUCAUGAAUAUCGUCAGCAGCGUGGGGGCGGUCGAGCGAGAUUCCGACUCAGAUAGUGAACGAAAGGGAACCUGGAAUGAGCGGAAGAGGAAAGCAUUCGAGCGGCUGAGCGUUGGAGAUGAGACGUGUGGGCUUCACACCUUUCGCCCGGCGACACUUACUGUCACCAACUUCUUCAAACAGGAAGGGGACCGGCUGAGCGAUGAAGAUCUCUACAAAUUCCUGGCCGAUAUGAGGAGACCUUCUACAGCUCUGCGCCGCCUGCGCCCAGUAACAGCUCAGCUAAAGAUUGACGUGUCCCCGGCUCCGGAGAACCCCCAGUUCUGUCUGACUCCAGAGCUCCGUCAUGUAAAGCCCUAUCCGGACCCACGUGUGCGACCGACUAAAGAGGUGCUGGAGUUUCCAUCUCGAGAGGUGUACGUACCUCACACGUCUUAUCGGAAUCUGCUGUUUGUGUACCCUCGAAGCCUGAACUUAAGCAGCCGUCAGGGGUCGGUGAGGAACAUUGCUGUGAAAGUUCAGUUCAUGGCUGGAGAGGACCCAAAUCAGGCAUUGUCGGUGAUCUUUGGCAAAUCAAGCUGUAGUGAGUUCUGCAGUGAGGCUUACACACCUGUUGUGUAUCACAACAAGUCUCCUGAUUUCUAUGAAGAAUUCAAAAUGAAAAUCCCAGGAAAUCUGACAGAAAAUCAUCACCUUCUCUUCACCUUUUACCACGUGAGCUGCAGGCCCAAUCAGAGCAGUGCUGUGGAGACUCCGGCAGGGUAUACGUGGAUUCCACUGAUGCAACAUGGCCGUCUGCAGACUGGAUCUUUCUCUCUUCCUGUAUCGGUGGAGAAGCUGCCCCCAAGUUAUUCGGUGCUGACCCCCGAUGUCCAGCUCCCAGGAAUGAAGUGGGUGGAUAACCACAAGCCUGUGUUCUCUGUGGAUUUGGUGGCUGCCUCCUCUGUCCACACACAGGACCCCCAUUUGGACAAGUUCUUCACAUUGGUGCAGUUGCUGGAGGAGCAGAGUUUCCCAUUCCGGCUGAAGGACGUGAUCAUCACGGAAAGCAACGUGGAGUCCGAACUGAGGAACAGCAUGGUGAACUUGCUCCAAGCGGCUCUGGGGCCUGCUGUCUGCUUCUGUCAUCCCCUGCUGGACAAGCUCAUACUACUCAUUGUGCGACCCCCUAUCAUUGGGGGCCAGAUUGUGAACCUGGGCCGUGCCGCAUUUGAAGUGAUGGCCAAGCUUGUGGGCCAUAUCCACCGUGACGUGGAAGUGGGUCAGGACCAGCAUGGACGAAACAGCCUCUUGGCUUCCUAUUUGUAUUACGCCUUUCACCUUCCCAGCGAUAUGCCAGCACAGCUAAACAUGGCCACUAGUACAUCUACCGCAUCCUCUCUCCAUUCUGCCACAAUGUCCCGUGCAACAGGGCGCCCCAGCAGCUAUACACUGGCCCGCUGCAAAAGCAUCAGCAAUAGUAACCCAGAUCUGACCAGCAUUCCUGGCUCCACAGACGAUGAGGAGGUGCAGAGGAUCUUAGGAGGCAAGGGUAUUGAUCGCUCUCACUCCUGGGUGAACUCUGCUUAUGGCCCUGGGGGUCCCAAAUCUGUGCAACGGCGGACCCAGCCCAACUCCAACACUGAGCUCCGACAGAAUGUGGAGCGCAGCCCUAACCGCAUAUCCAGCUACAUGGAGGGUGGAGCAUCCUCUGUCCAGCCGCGGCCAACCGCCAAAAAGUUGCUGCACGAGGAGUUGGUGCUGCAGUGGGUGGUUAGCAGCGCCGCGGUACGGGAGGCCGCCAUGAGUCAAGCUUGGUUCUUUUUCCAGCUCAUGACGAAGAGCAUGACCCUUCACUUGCACAUGUCUGAGAGGCUGGACGCCCCCCGGAGACAGCGCUUUCCGGAGAGAUUCGUUGAUGAUAUUUCUGCGCUUGUGUGUAACGUUUGCUCAGAGAUUACCAGCCGCUACCUCAAGGAUCCAGAGUUUACUGAGCGCCUGAAUAGCAGCCUCGCCUUUUUCCUGAAUGAUCUCUUGUCCCUGAUGGACCGAGGAUUUGUCUUUAAUCUAAUCCGAUCUUACUACAAGCAGGUGAAUAAUAAGUUGUCAACAGCACAGAACCCGAAUGCCUUGAUAUCUAUGCGCAUGGAUCUGAUCCGCAUUGUGUGCUCCCAGGAACACUACGUCUCCUUGAACUUACCCUGUGGCACUCUGACACCCCCAAAUUCCCCAACUCCUUCCAUCUCCUCCACCACCUCCCAGAGCUCGGUGUUCUCCAGCCCGGCCCAGGACAGGACUAUCACAAACAUGUUUGAACUGUCGGUGCCAUUCAGACAGCAGCACUUCCUUGCCGGCCUAAUCUUGACAGAACUUUCCCUUAUUCUGGAGCCAGAUGUAGAAGGAGUAUUCUUUCUCCAGAAGAAGUCCAUCAGCACUCUGCACAACCUGAUCUGCAGCCACGACACUGACCCCCGCUAUGCAGAGCCACUGGUCAAAGAGAGUGUCGCUCGCCUCUACCUACCCCUGAUUGGUGUCAUACUGGAGAAUCUGCCCCAGCUGUAUGAUUUUACUGAUCCCCAUGCACAUCGGGUGCGCAACGUUUCUGCACUGGUGGAUGAGGUGGACUCGGAUGGGACAACUAUCAAUCCGACAGUUGCCAUGGCAAUAGCUGGAUCCCCGUUACCUGCUCCACAGAAAACCAAUAACUUUCCUUUACCGCCUCCUCCUGCCCGGGCAGGUAGCACCCUCUCUGCUGAUGCUAGUCGCAAUCUGCUGGUCUGCGCCCUGUGGGUGUUGAAGAACGCAGAGAGAGACCUUUUGCACCGUUGGUUCUCCAACCUGACUGUGCUGCAGCUCACUCGCCUUCUGGAGCUGCUCAGCCUGUGUGUCUCCUGUUUCCAGUAUAAGGGCAAGAAGGCCUUUGAACGUAUAAACAGUCUGACAUUUAAGAAGUCACUGGAUAUGAAGGCCCGGUUAGAAGAAGCAAUACUAGGGACGAUAGGGGCCCGGCAAGACAUGGUGAAACGCAGCAGAGAACGUGGUCCCUUUGGUAACCAAGAGAAUGUGCGAUGGAGGAAAAACAUAACUCAGUGGAGGCCGACCAGUGAGAAGACAGAGAAGACACAAGCAGAACGAGAGCUAGAGAUUAUAGUAGAUGGGAAUAUGGCGACUGAGGCCAAUAUGGUGGUGUUAGACACGCUGGAGAUCGUUGUGCAGACAGUGAUGAUGUCUGAGCUGAAAGAGAGCAUUCUGGCAGGAGUGCUGAAAGUGAUAUUACACAGCUUGGGCUGCAGCCAGAGUGCCCUAUACCUGCAGCACUGUCUGGCCAGUCAGAGAGCACUGGUGAGCAAGUUCCCAGAGAUGCUCUUUGAAGAUGAUACCGAGCUGUGCUCUGAUCUGUGUCUCCGACUCCUACGCCACUGCAGCAGUUGUAUCAGCAGCGUCCGCACCCAGGCCAGUGCCUCUCUCUACCUACUCAUGAGGCAGAACUUUGAGAUUGGAAAUAAUUUUGCUCGGGUAAAGAUGCAGGUCACCAUGUCCCUCUCCUCAUUAGUGGGGACAUCACAGAAGUUUAAUGAGGAGCACUUGCGCCGGUCACUAAAGACCAUCCUGACAUACGCAGAGGAAGAUCUGGAGAUGAGAGACACAACGUUCCCUGAGCAGGUCCAAGAUCUGGUGUUCAAUCUACACAUGAUCCUGACAGACACGGUGAAGAUGAAGGAGCAUCAGCAAGACCCUGAGAUGUUAAUAGAUUUAAUGUAUAGGAUUGCCAAGGGAUACCAGAACUCACCAGACCUGCGUCUCACGUGGCUCCAGAACAUGGCAGCCAAACACAGCGAACGUGGGAAUCAAGCGGAGGCUGCCCACUGCUUUGUACAUGGCGCCGCCCUGGUGGCGGAAUACCUCAGCAUGCUGGAGGAUGCCAGACACCUGCCUGUGGGCUGUGUUAGCUUCCAGAAUAUCUCCUCCAACAUUCUGGAGGAGUCGGCGGUGUCCGACGACGUGGUAUCGCCAGAUGAGGAGGGAAUAUGCGCUGGCAAAUACUUCACCGAAGCAGGACUGGUGGGACUACUGGAGCAGGCCUGUGCCAGCUUUAACCUGGGCGGCCUGUUUGAGGCAGUGAAUGAAGUGUACAAGAUACUUAUACCCAUCUAUGAAGCCAGUCGAGAUUACAAGAAAUUGGCGGUGGUUCAUGGGAAAUUACAGGAGGUGUUCAGCAAGAUCACCAACCAGAUCACAAGCUGGGAGAGGAUGUUUGGGACCUAUUUCCGUGUUGGUUUCUAUGGUUCAAAGUUUGGAGAUCUGGAUGAGCAGGAGUUUGUCUAUAAGGAACCAUCCAUAACCAAACUGGCAGAGAUAUCUCACCGCCUAGAGGAGUUCUACACUGAGAGGUUUGGGGAAGGGACAGUGCAAGUCGUUAAAGAUUCCAAUCAUGUGGAUAAAAGCAAACUGGACCCAAACAAGGCGUAUAUUCAGAUCACGUAUGUGGAGCCAUUUUUCGAUACGUAUGAACUGAAGGACCGCGUCACAUACUUCGACAAAAACUACAACCUGCGCACCUUCCUCUUCUGCACACCCUUCACGCUGGACGGCCGGGCACACGGGGAGCUGCACGAGCAAUACAAGCGCAAGACUGUGCUCACUACAUCCCACGCCUUCCCCUACAUCAAGACACGCAUCAAUGUGCUUGACCGGGAGGAGGUGGUGCUCAUCCCGGUAGAAGUGGCAAUUGAAGACAUGCAGAAGAAGACUCAGGAGCUGGCGUUUGCCACUCACCAGGACCCGGCUGAUGCUAAGAUGCUACAGAUGGUGCUGCAGGGCUGCGUGGGCACAACAGUCAACCAGGGCCCUCUGGAGGUGGCCCAGGUGUUUCUGUCUGAGAUCCCAGAAGAUCCGCGACUUUACCGACUCCAUAAUAAGCUGCGCUUGUGCUUCCGGGACUUCACCAAGAGGUGUGAGGAUGCCCUGAAAAAGAACAAAACUCUAAUUGGUCCAGACCAGCGAGAAUAUCACAGGGAGCUGGAGAGGAACUAUCAGAGGCUUAGAGAGGCUCUUGCCCCUUUAACGUCUCGGAGGAUCCCACAACUCUAUAAUGACUUAUUGCCCCACACUACUGCCAGAGACUCUUUGAAUCGCUCAAGUCGUAUUGACGUUUGAGAUGCUAAAUGCCUUACUACUGCCCCUUUCUGAUGAGGAACACUAACGAAGAGGAUAAGCAGCAAGCAGGUCCGACAGGGAUUUAAAAUAGGCCUUGGCACUUUAAGUACACAGAGGCCCAACCAGCCUCCCAUAGACCCAAUAAAUAGUGAGUGUCUAUGGCAUCUUACAGCAGCCCCUCUGGCAUUUGCCUGAACCCACAGAUUGCCAGUCCAAGCCUGUAUAAAAUCACUCAGAGCGGCCAGCCUCCAUAGAGGCUAACUGGAUGGCUGAAAUGCAGAGUAGCUGGGCCCCGUGCCAGUUUGGGCUAAGUACAAAGCUUCCUCUUCUGUGUGAACUUGAGUCUAGGACCAGCGAGAGGCUUUGGACUUGUAAAAGGACAAGCAGUAUGGUGGCUGAGAAUGGUGUAACGGAUAAAUAUGGAUUUGCAAAAAGCUGGGAUAGGGACAGGAUUAACUGAUUUCCCCGGUAUAUGUGAAUGCAUUCUGAAUAUGGCUACCAUUCCACCCCCCCAUGGCAGCAAGGACAUUGCCGUUUAAUUAAUUCUGUUGACAGCUCAGGGAGAACUAAGCUCAGAGUGUUGCCAGCGAGACCACUGUGUCUGCCCCUUCUUACUGCCUGCGCUACUGCCAUAGUGUCCAUUAUCCCCCAUCCCACAAAAGUUUUGCACUGUAGGAAGGAUCCUGUUCAUGUCCGGUUACUGAGUUUGCCCUGUAUCAGAGCCGCUGUGGUGUUUCUCCUCUUGUGCAGGGUUGUUGCACUCCCCUGAUAUGCUGCCACUCCAUCCAUGUUGCUCUUACUACUGUUACUUUGUGUGUCCUACUGAUAUUUAGUGUUUCUGUCUGUUUCCAUCUCAUUAUCAGUUUUUCCUUGUUUUGUCACCCAAUGGGACUGUCAAUUCCUGUCACCCAGUGGGACUGCGUAACUGUCACAUUAUAUUCUGUUGUCCACUGGCAUUGUCGGUAUCUGUUCUGUCACCCACUGGGACUGUGUCAGUAUUACUGUCACUUCCUGUCCUGUCGCCCACUGGGACUGUGUCAAUAUCACUGUCACUUCCUGUCCUGUCACCCACUGGGACUGUGUCAGUAUCACUGUCACUUCCUGUCCUGUCACCCACUGGGACUGUGUCAGUAUCACUGUCACUUCCUGUCCUGUCGCCCACUGGAACUGUGUCAGUAUCACUGUCACUUCCUGUCCUGUCACCCACUGGGACUGUGUCAGUAUCACUGUCACUUCCUGUCCUGUCACCCACUGGGACUGUGUCAGUAUCACUGUCACUUCCUGUCCUGUCGCCACUGGGACUGUGUGUUACUGACACUUCCUGUUUAUUUUCCACUGGGACUGUGUGUCACUGACACUUCCUGUUUAUUUUCCACUGGGACUGUGUGUCACUGACACUUCCUGUUUAUUUUCCACUGGGACUGUGUGUUACUGUAACUUCCUGUUCUGUCGCCACUGGGACUGUGUGUCACUGUCACUUCCUGUUUAUUUUCCAUUGGGACUGUGUGUUACUGUCACUUCCUGUUCUGUCGCCACCGGGACUGUGUUUCACUGUCACUUCCUGUUUAUUUGCCGCUGAGAUUGUGUGUCACUGUCACUUCCUGUUUAUUUGCCGCUGGGAGUGUGUGUCACUGUCACUCCUGUCCUGUCGCCACUUGGACUGUGUGUCACUGUCACUUCCUGUUUAUUUGCCACUGGGACUGUGUGUCACUGUCACUUCCUGUUUAUUUGCCGCUGGGAGUGUGUUACUGUCACUCCUGUCCUGUCACCACUGGGACUGUGUGCUAUUGUCACUUCUUGUUCUGUCGCCACUGGGACUGUGUGUCACUGUCACUUCUUGUUCUGUCGCCACUGGGACUGUGUGUCACUGUCACUUCCUGUUUAUAUGCCACUGGGACUGUGUGUCACUGUCACUUCCUGUUUAUAUGCCACUGGGACUGUGUGUUACUGUCACUCCUGUCCUGUCACCACUGGGACUGUGUGCUAUUGUCACUUCUUGUUCUGUCGCCACUGGGACUGUGUGUCACUGUCACUUCUUGUUCUGUCGCCACUGGGACUGUGUGUCACUGUCACUUCCUGUUUAUAUGCCACUGGGACUGUGUGUCACUGUCACUUCCUGUUUAUAUGCCACUGGGACUGUGUGUUACUGUCACUCCUGUCCUGUCGCCACUGGGACUGUGUGUCACUGUCACUUCCUGUUUAUAUGCCACUGGGACUGUGUGUUACUGUCACUUCCUGGUUAUAUGCCACUGGGACUGUGUGUUACUGUCAAUCCUGUCCUGUCGCCACUGGGACUGUGUGUCACUAUUACUUCCUGUUCUGUCGCCACUGGGACUGUGUGUCACUGUCACUUCCUGUUUAUAUGCCACUGGGACUGUGUGUCACUGUCACUUCCUGUUUAUAUGCCACUCCACUGGGACUGUGUGUCACUGUCACUUCCUGUUUAUAUGCCACUCCACUGGGACUGUGUGUCACUGUCACUUCCUGUUUAUAUGCCACUCCACUGGGAGUGUGUGUCACUGUCACUCCUGUCCUGUUGCCACUGGGACUGUGUGUUACUGUCACUUCCUGCUCUGUUUCCUGUUCUGUUUCCCCAGGAAAUUGUGAGUAUCACUGCCACUUCCUGUUCUGUUCCCCUGGGAUUAUGUCAGAAUCACUGUCACUUCCUGCUGUCACCCAGUGGGACUGUGUCAGUGUCCCUUUCUGUUCUGUCACCCAGUGGGACUGUGUUAGUAUCACUGCCAUUUCCUGCUCUUUUACCCCCUGGGACUGUGUGUCACUGCCCCUUCCUGUUCUGUCACCCGAUGGGACCCCAGUUUGUCACCCAGGGUGAUUGGCUUUGCCCAGUGCCACUUCCUGUUCCCAGUCACUGUUACCCGCUGACACACAUUAAAUAUAUGAGCCGUUUGUUUUGUAAUAAAAUUCUUGUAGUGUG